CUCGACAAGAAAUCCCAGAUUAUGUCCGCUCCCGCAGCAAGCAUCGCAGGUGUCACUGCGCCUCCUCCGUUGGAGAAGAAGCCCGUCAAGUUCAGCAACUUGCUCCUCGGAGCUGGUCUGAAUUUGUUUGAAGUGACUACUCUGGGACAGCCUUUGGAGGUCGUCAAGACCACCAUGGCUGCCAACAGGGCUGACGGCUUCGCUGGUGCUCUUGGAAGGGUUUGGGCGCGCGGUGGAGUCCUAGGAUUCUACCAGGGCCUCAUUCCUUGGGCUUGGAUCGAAGCCUCGACAAAGGGUGCCGUCCUCCUCUUCGUCGCCUCCGAUGCCGAAUUCCGCGCAAAGGCCCUCGGCGCCCCCGACUUCGUCGCCGGAAUCACUGGUGGUAUGGUCGGAGGUCUCGCCCAGGCGUACGCGACCAUGGGCUUCUGCACCUGCAUGAAGACGGUGGAGAUCACCAAGCACAAGGUCGCCGCCGCCGGGCUGAAGCCCCCGACCACCAUGGAGACCUUCAUGGACAUCUGGCGCAAGGAGGGCAUCCGCGGCAUCAACCGUGGCGUCAACGCCGUCGCCGUCCGCCAGGUCACCAACUGGGGCUCCCGCUUCGGUCUCUCCCGUGUCGCCGAGACCGGCAUCCGCAGGGUCACGGGCAAGGAGAACGGCGAGAAGCUGGGCGUCAUGGAGAAGGUCAUCGCGUCCGCCCUCGGUGGUGGCUUGUCCGCGUGGAACCAGCCCAUCGAGGUCAUCCGCGUCGAGAUGCAGAGCAAGACCGUCGACCCCGACCGUCCCAAGAACCUGACCGUCGGCAAGGCCGCCAGGUACAUCUACUCGAAGAACGGAUUGAAGGGUCUUUACCGCGGCGUUACUCCUCGUAUUGGUCUCGGCGUUUGGCAGACGGUUUGCAUGGUGGCUUUGGGCGACAUUGCCAAGGAGGCUGUCGAGAAGCUCACCGGUGACAAGGUCACUGCUAAGCAUUAGAAGGCGUUAUUGUCGGAUUUUUGGUCUCGCGGAAAAAUUAUAGUCCCAGGAUUUAACUGAACUUCCCGCUCGUCGAUUUAUUCAUUAGAAGAAUUCCCUCCCGUCCCCCUAUAUCCCGGGAUUUGUUACGAGACCAAGGCUUAUCACCUUUUGUUUUUAGUUGAUUGUGUUAGAGAGCAGCAAUGCAUGCCGGCAUUCGUCACUAUUGUUCUGUAUUGCUAGCUAGCCAUGCAUACAUGAAGGCGGGUUUGCCGAUACGAUAUUAAUAUCAAAUUCCUCUGUUUCGAGAGAAGGGGCUUUUCAGUAAGGGAAAAGAAAAUUCAUAAUUGUUAUAGAGGAGAUGACUGUUAUCUGAGUGAUGUAUAUUUGUGAUGAGACGUCCUAGUUGAACCUCUUUUUUUACACAAUGUAU